AUGGGUAGUCAAGCGGCCGUUUCAUUCCUCACCAACUUAGCCCGGGCUGCCUUCGGCCUUGGAUUGGGCGUCACCGCCGUGAAUUCGUCCCUCUACACCGUCGACGGCGGCCAGCGCGCCGUCAUCUUCGACAGGUUCCGGGGAGUCAUCGACGAGACCGUCGGCGAAGGAACCCACUUCCGUAUCCCCUGGCUCCAAACCCCUUACAUCUUCGACAUCCGCACCCGUCCCCACGCCUUCUCCUCCAUCUCCGGCACCAAGGAUCUCCAGAUGGUCAAUCUCACCCUCCGUGUCCUUUCCCGUCCCGAAACCGGCCGGCUUCCCGAUAUUUUCAAAACCCUAGGUCUGGAGUACGACGAGAAAGUCCUUCCUUCCAUCGGGAAUGAAGUUCUGAAAGCGGUGGUGGCACAGUUCAACGCCGACCAGUUGCUUACCGAGAGGCCCCACGUCUCUGCUCUUGUCCGUGAAAGUUUGAUCCGUAGGGCCAGGGAUUUCAACAUUGUGCUCGAUGACGUGGCCAUCACUCACCUCUCUUACGGCGCUGAGUUCUCCAAGGCUGUGGAGCAGAAACAAGUGGCUCAGCAGGAGGCGGAGAGGUCCAAGUUUGUUGUCAUGAAAGCGGAGCAGGAGAGGAGGGCUGCUAUUAUUAGGGCUGAAGGUGAGAGCGAGGCUGCCAAGCUGAUUUCUCAAGCGACCGAGGCUGCCGGGACUGGGUUGAUUGAGCUUAGGAGGAUUGAGGCUUGUAAGGAGAACGCUGGUACAUUGGCUAAGAGUGGAAAUGUUUGGUAUCUUCCCAAGGAUAACAAUAUGAUCCUGGGUCUGAAUCCUGGUCGCUGA